AUGCCGGGGCAGGACGGAGAGGAGGGGACCAGCUUGGCGGCGGGAAAAGAGGCCUCGGUGCCCAAAGCGGGUCCAAACGACAGAGCCGGCGCGGCCGAAGCGCGUCCGUCGGACGAAGCGCGCGCCAGGGACCUCGAUUCGCCCGCCCAAGCUGAGGCAGCAAAAGAACGCGUUUCGACGGGCGAGAAGGUCACCGGAGACGACCUGGCGAGCAAGGCCAAGGCGGCGGCGCAGAAGUUGGCUCAUCGCUCCGACGCAAGCGAUCUCAAGGGGGAAACGUCGGACCGAAAGAACAAGAAGCACGAAGCGAGCGCCGACAACCAAAAAGUGGCAGCGACCUCGAGCGCCGCACAAAAGUCAAAAAUGCCAAAUUCGACCAAAAAAUCAGGUACAAAAGAGUCUUCAGAUAACGUGAAUGCCAAGCCGAGCGGUACCGCGACGACGCUCGGCGCCAAGCCCGCUACCACGCUGGGCGGCAAGACGACGCUCGGCGCCAGGCCUCCCGCCACCACGCUGGGCGGCGCGGCGUCCAUGGGCGCCAGGCCCAAGCUGCCGGGCGCGGCCGGCCUGAAGGGCGUCGCCGACGUCAAGGCGUCUCCCACGGUGACUCCCUCGAGCCCCGCGGACGCCCGAGUCGCCUCGCCCUCGACGCCCAAGCAGGAGGCGCCCAAGCAGGAGGCGCCCAAGCCGAAGAUGACCGCCCUGGCGGCGAGGCUGCGGAAGCAGAGAGAGGAGCGCGAGCGUCUCGAACAGGAGAGGAUCGAGAAGGAGAAGGAGGCCGAGAGGCUGGCGCUCGAGGCCGAGAAGCGGCGCGUCGAGGAGGAGAACCGAAUCAGGGAGAUGAAGAAGGCCAAGCGAACCGAGAAACGCGCGCAAAACAUGCAACUCGAAGCGGAGAAAAAGAAAGAGCAGCUGAUCAUGCAGAGGAAGCAACUGCUCGCCAAGUUCCAGGGUGCGUACGUGGGCGCGCUGCAAAAAGACGAAGACAAGAAAGGGGGCGAGAAGAGGAAAGGCGCGACCCAAAAAAAGAAGAAGCCGGACAAAACGGAAGAAAAAAAACGGCCGCCAAAAAAAGAAGACACAAAAACCAAAACGGAACCAGUGGAACCGCCGACCGAAUCCGCCGAAUCGACGACCCGCCUUCAUCAGGCAGCCGAAGAGAGCGGUGACCAGCGUCUAGGCGAAGCGCCCCAACACGAAGAACCUGAGCCCGUCGUCCAAGAGUCGUGGGAAGAUGAAUUCGAGGACGAACCCGAAAGCCCCCCCCCCACUGGCGACGCCGCUCCGGUCUGUCCGCCGCCGACCGAGCCCAAGCAACCGACGGUCCCGGAAGACGAAAACCCAACUUUUGAAGAGGAAGCGCCGGAAACCUCUUCGGCGAACGCCGACGCUCCUUCAGGCACGUCCGAGCCGCCUCUCCGAUCUCCCAUUUGCUGCGUCUUGGGCCACGUCGAUACCGGCAAGACGAAGCUGCUGGACAGGAUUCGCCACACCGACGUGCAAACCGGAGAGGUCGGCGGCAUCACUCAGCAAAUCGGCGCCACUUACUUCCCUAUAGAGAGCAUACAAAGUUUGACAAGCGGCCUCAUCAAACCAAACGUCAAAAUCGACGUCCCCGCGCUCCUCAUCAUCGACACGCCCGGACACGCCUCGUUCAGCAACCUGAGACAUCGCGGGUCCUCCCUGUGCGACAUCGCCAUCUUGGUGAUCGAUAUCCUUCACGGCGUCGAAGCCAUGACGGUGGAAUCCAUCAAGCUCCUCCGAUCCAAAAAGACUCCGUUCAUCGUCGCGCUCAACAAGGUCGACCGACUCUACCGGUGGCGCGCGUUCCAAAACAAAAACAUCCAGUACUCGCUAAAAAUGCAGGAAAAGACGGUCCUACAGGAAUUUGAAGACAAGGUUUCCACAAUCAUCCAGCAACUCGCUCAGUACAACCUCAACGCCGAACUCUACUACAAGGUCAAAAACAUCAAGUCCCUGGCCAAGACCGUCUCUCUCGUACCCACCUCGGCCCACACCGGCGAGGGCAUACCGGACCUGAUCUACCUGCUCGUCCAACUCACUCAACGCCUCAUGAAGUCAAAACUGCAACUCACCAACGAAUUCCAGUGCACCGUGCUCGAAGUCAAGGUCUCCGAGGGCAUAGGCCCAAACAUAGACGUAAUCCUAGUCAGCGGGUCCAUCCACGAAGGCGACCGCUUCGUCACCUGCGGGUUCAGAGGUCCCAUCAUCUCCACCGUCAGGGCAAUUCUAACACCCCCCCCCAUGAGAGAGCUCCGCGUCCACAACCACUACACCCACAACAAGGUCAUCCACGCCUCCCAAGGCUUCAAAAUCAUGGCAAACGGGCUGGAACGAGCCGUCGCCGGAUCUCCACUCUUCGUCUUCAAAAACGAAAGCGAACUUCCAAACCUGAUCGAAAUCGUCAUGAAACCCCUCGAACUCCUCCGCGAAAAAAUCCACAAAGCCUCUCACGGCGUCUACGUCCAAGCGUCCACUCUGGGCUCUCUAGAAGCCCUCCUCGACUUCCUAGCGCAGUCCUGCAAAAUCCCCAUCGCCGACUUCGGCAUCGGACCCGUUCACACCCGCGACGUCAAACUGGCCAGCAUCAUGCUCGAAAAAGCCCCGGAAUACGCCUGCAUACUCGCCUUCGAUGUCGACAUCUCUCCCAGCGCCCAAGAACUAGCUGAAACCCUGAAGGUCAAAAUCUUCCACGCCGACAUCAUCUACCAGCUCGAAGAACAAUUCCACAAAUACAUCUCCGACUACCGAGAGUCGCGACGCGUCAAGUCCAUCAGCGAAGCCAUCUUCCCAUGCUUCCUCAAAAUCAAGCCCGGCGCCAUCUUCAACACCCGCAACCCCAUCGUCGUCGGCGUAUCGGUCAAACAAGGCAUCUUGAAGAAGGGCACGCCCAUCGUCGUGUGGUCCGAGUCCAAGGAAGAGUGGCUCAACCUCGGUAACGUCACCGGCAUAGAACGCGACAACAAGCCCAUAGAACAAGCUCUGGCCGGAGAGGAGGCCUCCGUCUCCAUCAAGGCAGAUGCCGGACAACAAUACCUGUUCGGCAGACACCUGGACAAAGACAGCGACCUCUACUCUAAAAUCACUCGCGCCUCCUUGGACGCCCUCAAACUGCACUACCCAGACAUCGUAAAGCAAAACCUAACCUUCCUCAAGCAGCUCAAAAAACUCUUCGAGAUAGAAAAGGGCAUCCCACCCUCCACCUGA